UAAAUUGAAGGCCCGAUUAUAUCUGUAUCGCCGAUGUUUUCAUCCCUGAAUUCACGUAUUCUCAAUGCUAGUGCCGCUUUCAGGAAAUUUGGUAUUGGUCUGGUUGCUAAUGUAUUAUUAGCAGGUGCUCUCUCGUCAGCAGCAUAUAAAAAGUGGGAAAAGGCUGCAAUUGCUGGGGUUUCUUUGGUUGCUGAUGCUGCUGAGCACCUAGAGCGGGCAAUAACUGAUAAAGAAGUUGAGCAAGACAGAAGUGCUGCAGGGCAAAGUAGCGCUGUUCCUGUUGGAAAAGUUCUGCCACCUAUGCCCGCUUUCGUACAAAAUAUUGAUACAGAGAGCGGCACAAACAAUUGUAUGAAACUUAAGCUCCAGUUGUUCCCAAUUGACGAUGGUACUAGAAGAGCCUUGGAAAAUGAUAAACAUAAUCCAUACUUGGAACUCACUCUUAGUACUCGGAAAAAGAUAUCAUCAGUUUUGGAUCAUCUAAAUCGCAAAUGGGGAAAUUCGAAUGUAGCAUCAGGAGAGCUAACCCUGUUCCAUUACAGUGUCCAGAGGGAUAACCUGAUGGGUUAUCCUAGAUGGACGCAAGACUCAAUUGUCAGUGCGGCAGAUGUAUAUGCAACGAUUGGAUGCCCUCCAGUUUUCCGUUUAAGGUAUGGUUGGUUCUCCAAUACUGAGCUUGGGUCUGUUGGAUUGCAAACACCUGUAGCAUCUUGCAGCAAUCAAGGUGAGCAUGAUAUUAAUGAAGAGAAGAGGAAGGAGCAGAUUGUGGAUUCAGUGCCUUUAUCUCCUCUAUCAACUGAUAAUCAGUCUGCCGAUAUCCAUAAGGAUCACUCAACUUCAACGAACAAUAGUUGUGUUCUCUCUGCACUGGCUUAUCAACAUUCUCAACCCCAACUACCCGAACGUGGUAAACCACGGUAUAACCAUUCUCUUGGUUUGACUUCAGCUGAUGAGCCCAAUGAGAUAAAUGGCUACAUCUGCGCAAGUCCAAACAAUAACUUUGUGGGGGACCCUACGGAAAUAACGUCAUGGCAUAAAAAGGAGGCUGGUGAUCAGAGUACCUCAAGACAUCGGGGAGAUGUGGUAAAUGUCCUUUCUCUGCUCCAUGCUUUUAAUGUUAUUAAACUGUCAGCCCACAGGUAUGAAUGUUUGCAUAUUUUUAACUAGGCCCCAACAGAGGAA